GCAGUGCCGUUCCUUUUCAGAAAGACAGGAUCUAAAUGUUGUCUCUGGAGACACGAAGCCUUCAGUAUGUUAAAUUACUUUCAUUAUGUAUUUUCAGACGCUUAUUGAUUCCACAGUAAGAAGAGUGAGAGACUGCCGCAGCCUCUAAGCAGCACUACAUGUUCCAUACAUUAGCAGUACUGCUGAAACAAUGGCACAGUACAGACAUAUUUUCAUUCAGGUCUUUUCGAAGAGAUGUUUAUGACCCUCUUCCCCAAGUCCUCUACUAACAAGUGAACAAAAUGAAUCAAUCAAAACUGGAAACGCUUCAACUCCAACAAGAAUUUAUCAAAUCCUUAGCAGAGGGCCCACGGCAGCUAAUUCAGUACUUACAACUGAAAAAUAUGAAGAAUGCAUCUGACCGAGCAUCUCUCUCCCUAUCUGUCUGAACCAUAAACUGCAGGAUAUCCUUGUAACACAUGAUUUUAAGAUACUAAGGAGUUAAAAUCAGAGAAUAUAGGUCUACAUUACUGCUGGAACAUAACACAUCGACAGUAAUCGCCCUACAAAGAUGCUGUACAAAAUAGCCACAAAAAGAAAAACAAUAUAAUUGUAAAAUCCUGAAGACAAAAUGGUGAGCAUUUUUAAAGAGGGUGUUUAUACUUUAACAUACCAGAAUUGUGGAGCUACUAAUUCUUAAAGAAACAAUGAAACAUGGAUUACCAAAAUAAGAAUGCCAUAUAUUACCAGCAAGCUAAAUGAAGCUUCACCAAGUAUUUUCUGCACUAAAUAUUCAGAUAUUUGUAUUAAUUGAUAUUACUAAAGGAUUUUUCAAUUGGAGUUUUAUGACAAAUUAUAUAUCCUCCUCUAAUGAAAACAAACCAGAUUAAAUAGCAGAUGGUUCUUAUCAAAAAACAUAGACUGGAUUUAUAAUAUAAAGCAAGUUAUAUGAUCAAGAAAUCAUUCCAAAAUAAUAAGGACUGCUAAAGAAACAGUUUGUAACAAAAGGAUGUCUAAAUACAUUUUAGGAGCUAGAAAUCUUAUGUUUCUUUUUUUGUUUACACAUGAUCUGGAAAAUAAAGAGACGCUAUCAUAUAUUUCCGCAAAGGGAAACGUAAUUCUUUUCAUUUGAAGAAGUUUGUCUUGGUCGUGACUUUUUAAGACAAAACAAACAUAUUUUGUGCUGGUCUUUAGAAAUCCAUCAGCCAACUAAAUCUCACAAUUCAUGCAGUUGAAGUACUGGAGAGAAAAUGAAACAAUUCCUACAAGACAUGAAAUAAAACACAGCUACUUCACUGUUGUCAGGUAAAAUUCAUGUAAAAUCGGUCAAUGCCAUCAUGUAUCAAUUUGUGAAAAACUGCUAUAAUGAGCCAAAAGGCCCAUAAGGCAACAGCAAACAGGAAAAAAACCCAACUGCUCCAAAAGAAUGUGCUUUUCUCCCAUUCUGGAAAUCAACAUGCAGUCUGAAUCUAACAUUACAGUUCGAGAUGACAUUGAUGACAUCAACACCAAUAUGUACCAACCACUAUUAUAUCCAUUAAGCUUUCAAGCAUCUCUCACCGGAUUUCUUAUGUUAGAAAUUGUGUUGGGACUUGGCAGCAACCUCACCGUACUGGUACUUUACUGCAUGAAAUCCAACUUAAUCAACUCUGUCAGUAACAUUAUUACAAUGAAUCUUCAUGUACUUGAUGUAAUAAUUUGUGUGGGAUGUAUUCCUCUAACUAUAGUUAUCCUUCUACUUUCACUGGAAAGUAACACUACUCUCAUCUGCUGUUUCCAUGAGGCCUGUGUAUCUUUCGCAAGUGUCUCAACAGCAAUCAACGUUUUUGCUAUCACUUUGGACAGAUAUGACAUCUCUGUAAAACCUGCAAACCGAAUUCUGACAAUGGGCAGAGCUGUAAUGCUAAUGAUAUCCAUUUGGAUGUUUUCAUUUUUCUCUUUCCUGAUUCCCUUUAUUGAGGUAAAUUUUUUCAGUCUUCAAGGUGGAAAUACAUGGGCAAACAAGACACUUUUGUGUGUCAGUACAAAUGAAUACUACACUGAACUGGGAAUGUAUUACCACCUGCUCGUACAGAUUCCAAUAUUCUUUUUCACUGUCAUAGUGAUGUUAAUUACAUACACCAAAAUACUUCAGGCUCUUAAUAUUCGAAUAGGCACGAGAUUUUCAACAGGACAGAAGAAGAAAGCAAGAAAAAAAAAGACAAUUUCUCUAACCACACAACAUGAGACUACAGACAUGUCACAAAGCAGUGGUGGGAAAAAUGUAGUCUUUGGUGUAAGGACUUCAGUCUCUGUAAUAAUUGCCCUCCGGCGAGCUGUGAAACGACACCGUGAACGGCGAGAAAGGCAAAAAAGAGUCUUCAGAAUGUCUUUAUUGAUUAUUUCUACUUUUCUUCUCUGCUGGACACCAAUUUCUGUUUUAAAUACCACCAUUUUAUGUUUAGGCCCAAGUGACCUUUUAGUAAAAUUAAGGUUGUGUUUUCUAGUUAUGGCUUAUGGAACAACUAUAUUUCACCCUCUUUUAUAUGCAUUCACUAGACAAAAAUUUCAAAAGGUCUUGAAAAGUAAAAUGAAAAAGCGAGUUGUUUCCAUAGUAGAAGCUGAUCCCAUGCCUAACAAUGCUGUAAUUCAUAAUUCUUGGAUUGACCCUAAAAGAAACAAAAAAAUUACCUUUGAAGACAGUGAAAUAAGAGAAAAAUGUUUAGUACCUCAGGUUGUCACUGACUAGGGAAAAGUCUGUUUCACCAAAUCCACACUCAGAAGUUUUAAGUUUAAAUUGUAAAAAGUGAAAUUACUGCCAAGUAUAAGAAAAAAAUAUUUUAAG